AUGGACGUGCCUUCCUUUCAGGAACAGCGAUCCUAUGACCUGAGGUGCUGGAAAUCAUGGGGUGAGGAGAGCAGCCACCAACCACCAGCCCGACGGGGUGAGCGUCGACGGAAUCAGGAGAAGGUGAAUCGGGGCGGUGCGCUCAAGUCACAAUCUAGGUCAAACUCGCAACGACGGAAACCUGGUCCCAAACCCAAGCGUGUGGAAGUGGAUAAGCCUGUGGAGGACUCUUCAGAGGCCCAUCUGGAUAAAUCAAAGCCGGAAAGCCCACCCACACCUGUGUCCCCAGAAUCGAAGCCCGUGGAAACCAAAACAGAAAUCCUUAGUGAUGGCGAAUCACUACCAGCUCCGAAACCUAAAGGAAGACAACCCAAAUCUGUUUCUGCCCGGAGAAAAUACAAUCGCGGCGAUGCAGCCGAUCACAUUGAUGAAGAAGCUUUCAAAGAUUUUGACUACCGUCUUUCUGGCACUGAGGAAUUCACCCCUGAACGAUGCGAGGAGCUGGAAACCGCUUAUUGGAAAUCCUUAAUGUACAACAAUCCUAUGUACGGUGCGGAUAUGCCUGGGUCCCUGUUCGAUGAUAGCGUAACGUCAUGGAACGUUGCCAAAUUACCGAAUCUACUUGAUGUGCUUGGCCAGAAAGUUCCUGGAGUUAAUACCGCUUAUCUAUAUCUGGGUAUGUGGAAGGCAACUUUCGCCUGGCACUUGGAGGAUGUGGAUUUGUAUAGUAUAAACUAUAUCCACUUUGGCGCCCCAAAACAGUGGUAUAGUAUUUCCCAGGAGGAUCUGGGAAAGUUCGAAGCGGCUAUGAAGAGUGUCUGGCCAACGGAUGCGAAAAACUGCGACCAAUUCCUUCGCCAUAAAACAUACCUUAUCUCCCCGUCUCUUCUAAAGUCGCAAUUUGGUAUCUCCGUGAACAAGAUGGUCCAUUAUGAGGGAGAGUUUGUCAUCACCUAUCCUUAUGGAUACCAUUCGGGAUUCAAUUUGGGAUACAAUUGUGCUGAAUCUGUGAACUUUGCGACCGAAAGCUGGCUGGACUAUGCUCGUGUCGCGAAGAAAUGCAAUUGUGAAGCUGAUAGUGUUUGGAUCGAUAUCGGUGAAAUCGAACGCAAACUGCGGGGCGAAUCUACACCGGAAUACUACGAUGAAAUCGGUAGUUAUCUGGACGAGAUGGACAUGGACGGGGUUUCAGAUCUGCUCACGCCUCCCCGUAGCGUCCCGGAAAAAUCCGGGACUCGACUCAAGAAACGGAAGCGCGAGGGCCACGAAUCGAAAGCUAAACGAGCCAAGCUACAUGUGGCUGGUCCGAAGAAGAUCCGUUGUGUCCUCUGUCCGAACACCAUGGAUUACGAGGAACUUCUUCCCACGGAAGAUGGCAAAUCUCAUGCCCACCGGAGAUGUGCAACUUAUAUCGAAGAGACGACAAUCCUUAUGGACGAUUCUGGCGCUGACGUUGUGUGCGACGUCGAUAAAGUUCCCAAGGCCGCUUGGGGUUGA